AUGCUUGACUUAGUAGUGGGUGAAUGGUCAUCAAUCAAUCAUUCACGGCAGGCGGUCAUCAAGCUCUUGCACCACCACCUAGAACUGCUUGCUCAGAAGGGACUGGACAAGUUUAUUCCAGGUUGGCGGAGACAGAACGAUCCAGUGUGUGAUCCGGACUCACGUGCUCCUUUGCUGCGAUUUGUGGCGGAUGAGGAGGGUUUGCAGAACCGUGCGCUGCAUUUUCUGUUCAGCUUUGCCGGUCUGAGAGGAGCCAUUACUCCCGAAAUCUGUCAUCCAAAGUGGAACUGCUGGAAGCGGUCCAAAAAACAUGCUGGUCUUGAAUACGAUAUUUUACGCUUGACGAUAGCUGCCAACUACUCUCACGGUACAAAGUUGACAGGCGAGCGACAGUCCAAGAUGCGUGGGUACUUGAAGAGUUUUUUGGCGAAGCAGAGUGAUGAAUACUUUCAAGACUUGGCUGAUGAAAUUAUGACGGAUCGGCGACGGGAAUCCAGCGGGCUGACUGCAGCAGACGCCCGGGAUCUUGUAGAGGAAUACCUGGACUGCCCCUCCAUUCGGCACAAAGGAGAGUUUGUUAAGAACAAAUCCUGGUUUGGCAUCCUGAACGUCUUGGCAUUGAUGGUUAAAGACUGGUCAAUUCUGCGGGAAGCCUCCCAUGCCAUUCUCCAAGAGUCUGCAGGCAGUGUCGUUGAUGCCGAGGCCGGUGACGAUGACGGCGGCGGUGAUGACAAUGCUGAUGAUGAACAGGAUUCCGACAACGCUGAGGCUGAGGUGGGUCCAGCUGGUCGUGAUCAGCCCUUCAAAAAGAAUGAGCUCUACAAAGCCUACAAGAACAAAGGUCCGCGCAAAAUGUUUUGCGACAUUAUGUCAACAGACAACCUUCGGGCAGUUGCAUGUAUGAUUGUUGCAGUGACGCGCCCCCUGCACAAACAGUAUGUGUCAGACCUGAAAGCUCAGCAGGACUUAGACACUAUUCUCCAGUGGAACGCUGAUCGGUCUUUGGGAAGUUCUAUGGGGACUGUGAUUGCUAUCGCGCACAAGCAGUCGAGCUUGGACCUUUGUAUAGAAAUGAGGGUGGCAAUGCGCUGCCGUCCUCCUGUUGAUAUCACCGACGUGCAGGAAGACGUUUUGCUGACAGAGAAGGCUUCCAAAUUUGCGAUGGAACUAGCUGGCAGUUUUGCGUGGAGUGAGCAGUUCUGUCAAAUGACAUUUCCUUUGGCCGCGGCCGCACUUCUUUCUGAUGACGUCCAGAAAAGAACACGAGGUAUGACGCAUCUCAAGAAAUUGGUAAUGGCCAUCAACAAAGCGGAGGCUUUGUUAGCAACCAGGCCCGAUCUGCAGGGCUUGUUGGAUACACUGGCGUUUCAAGAGGAAACUCUGGCAAGGGAGCUCAUGGUGCACCUUGAGAGGGGUGGGUUCCAGCUGAAUCAUGAAGAGACCCAAAAAUGUCAGCAAGUGAUGAGAGAGUUUUGCUCUGGCACUUCCUCAACAAAGGAGAUAUUGGAAUCCACGUUUGGCCACCUUUCAUAUGUUUCCAAUGCUUCCAACAAGAACAAGCGGAUGUCGACCAUGGGGACAUGGUUUUAUGCGGCACCCAGCCCGUACGUGGAUAGUUCUGGCAUGACUCAGUGCUUGCCGACUGAGCGAGAUUGGCUGAAAGCCUGCUCUGACUACGGAGUGGCAAGCAAAGAGUCAGCAGCACUUUUUUGGAAAGCAUUUCGCUCAGAGGCGACCAAGCUUCCCCGAGCAGAAGGAGUCAACAUACCGGUCACGGCAAAAGGUGUGCAAAAAACACAGUGGCGAUUGUCUGGCCCAGCCUCUCACUACAACAGAAGUGCAGCGGCAGCGUACUUGCUUUUUGAUGCCCCUACUGGAUUUGUGAAUUGCAGUUUCGCAUGGGCAGGAGUUUUCCUGAUGCGUGGUGAAAUCUUCCUGGAGCCUGAAUCUGACGAGUUUUACCUCAGCCUAGGCUUCCAAGGUUGGGCUGCGCUGGGAAUCAAAUUGGAUGUGCAUUUGAUUGGAGACAAGGACUCUUAG